UAUCUUGUCACGUGGUGGUGUCCACUGUCCAGGAAAUAAAUGGCGGCAAACCUCUCUCCCGGUAAAGGUGGACUAGACUCACUUGACGUUUCAGAGCCCGAGAAUUGGUUUGCUUCUAUCAAGCCGCCUCAUACAAGAGCAUUUGCAGAACAGGACUACGAUCUAGUCUCGGAAAGAAACUGUAUUCUCUUCUUCUGCCCGGACUACACCGCGUCCCCUCACCAGUCCUUUGGGUUAAAAGACAGAUCUCUACCCUCCCUCACUCUUAGACAAGAAAUGGCCGAGCCUAUCUCCUCUCAUGUAUCCCAGAUUUACAAGUCAGAGUGUCAGAACGAGAACAGGGAGGUGCUACUGGACUUGUGUCAGUCUUGUCGAGAGAUAGACGGCUCUAGGACGUGCCAAAAACUUCACUUAGAUCCUUCUAUACCGUUCCGCCAGCCCUCUCCCAACCCACAGCGUUCCCUUCCUCUCAAACCUUGUUCUGUUGUUCUUCCCAAGCUAAGAAUAGGUCUCAGUAAUCCUGUGACGAAACCCCCAAGGGAUGGAAAUGUUCAAAUUGAGACCCAGAAGUCUGAUUCUGAUUCCACUUGGCAUGGGAAUGGAACCAGUAAACAUGGGAAUGGAACCAGUAAACAUGGGAAUGAAACCAAUAAACAUGGGAAUGAAACUGAUAGACAUGGGAAUGAAACUGAUAGACAUGGGAAUAAGAGUGAUAGACAUGGGAAUGAAAGUGAUAGACAUGGGAAUGAAAGUGAUAGACAUGGGAAUGAAGUGGGUAGACAUGAGAAUGAACCUAACCAGAAUGAAAACAGAGAACUUAAAAGUGAUGCAUUUGAUGCUGAUGUGAAUGAAUCUCUUGAUUUGUUUGACAAUGAGCCCGAAACCAAUGAAGUUGAACCUGUCAUUGAUGAGACUAAGCAGGACGAGAAUGAAACUAUGCAGAAUGAAAAUGAGAUUAGACGGAAUGAGACUAUAUUGAGCGAGGAUGAUGAUUCCGGUUUACCUGAUACAUUUCCAUGCGUCUCUUGUCAGAAACAAAUUAAUUGGAAAGAAGAAAGAGUCCACACCCACAAGAUCCUAAACGUUCUCACUUGUCUGAAGUGUUUCCAGACGUUUAAUACUGGCGUCUUUGAGGUGGACAAGGAUGGAAGUGAGAAUUACUGCACCCUCUGUGGGGAUGGAGGAGAGCUUUUUGUCUGUGAUAACGACUGUCCUAAAUCUUUCUGUCAAACUUGUAUCCUAAAUGUAUGUGGCUCUGAAGCUGUGGAGAAGCUUAAAUCCCCCGACAGCAACUGGAUCUGUUUUGUCUGUGACCCGUCACCGCUAAAGAAAGACAUAGACUUUUGUAAACAUGUUGUUGAGACUUUAAAGAGUCGAAAGAAGAAAAGGAGACAGUUGGAGAGACGUCUGAAGGUUGAAAAGAGCGAAAAGAACAGGGUUUAUAAGUCAAAGGAAUUUAUAAGUGAUUCCGAUGAAUCUGAACAUAAAAGUAUGGACACUGGAGCUAAAGAUUCACUCUUACGUGGUACUAGAAUAAAGAAUGAGAAUCAAUCUGGGGAGAAUGAGAAUCAGCCUGGGGAAAACGAGAAUCAGUCUGGAGGGAAUGAGAAUCAAUCUGGGGAGAACGAGAAUCAAUCUGGGGAAAACGAGAAUCAAUCUGAGGAGAAUGAGAAUCAGCCUGGGGAAAACGAGAAUCAAUCUGGGGAGAAUGAGAAUCAGCCUGGGGAAAACGAGAAUCAGUCUGGGGGGAAUGAGAAUCAAUCUGGGGAGAAUGAGAAUCAGUCUGGGAGCAGUGAGAAUGAAUCUGUAAAGAAUGAGAAUGAGUCUGAAAAGAAUGAGAUUGAGGAAUCUGACGUUCAUAUUAAAGAGGAACCACCUGUAUCGGCAGAUUACGAUGAGUUUUACAUGGAAUCGAAAGAAGACUUGGACCUAGUUGAAGAUGGACUAUCAUCUAGUGAUAGCAAUGAAUGCAAUCUCAACAUUCCUUUCCUGUUUAAUUAUACUGACUCUGUCAUUGAUGACACUGGUGAGCGGUCCGGUAUUAAUAAGAAAGUUCGCAGGGGGUCCGGUAAACCCACUGUUAAAAGGAGAAAACUCUCACUGAGCAUGAAGAAAAAGAAGCCUGAUGUAAAGGACAAAGCAAAUGCAGGAGAUUCGUCUUUUGUUUUAUCAGAUGAUGAUUAUUUACUAGACAGUCCGAUCAGCGAGAAUUCCCCAGGGGAUACACAGCCUAAGAAACCAGCUGACAAAGGAUCAGCUCCUUCGACAAAAGCUGACUCUUCCUCAGCCAAUAAAACUAAAAAACCACGACACGAGUUUAAAGUGAAGAAGUCAGAUUACGGGAUCGAGUCUUCGAAAAGGAGAAAAGCUCUAUCCAGCAGCAGCGAUAGCGAGAAAGAGAAGGAGGAGGAGGAAGUUAAAGGCCCUCCCGAUUCUUCUAAUGUUGUCGUUAUCGACUCUUCAAAUGACGAAACUGGAGAUCCCACUCCUUCCAAUCUUUCGAAAAACCGAUCAAAGCAAUCCAGACUUUCAUCUUUUUCUAGCUCCGAUAGUAAGUCUUCAAGGAAGGCCAAGUCGGAAGACAAGAAGGCCAAGUCGGAAGACAAGAAGGCUAAGUCAAAGAAAAGGAUAGGAUACUUGUCUUCAAGCGAUGAUGACGAUAAAAAUGCCUUUGUCGUGCCUUGCUCUAUCCCUUCCUCCUCCUCCUCCACCUCUCCUUUACUAAAAGAUAAAAACAGGACAGUUCUUACUAUCAACAGUGAUGGUUCCUCGGAUUCUCUCGGCUCUAAAGUCGUCCGGAAGAAAAAGAGAAAACUUUUUUUCUCGGACGAGGAUUCUUCGUCCUCCUCUAGCAAGAAGAGAAGAAAGGUUGUGGUUCUUGAUUCUUCUAACGAAGAAUUUGAGGACAGUGAGGGAAGUGGUUAUUAUUUUAAGGGAAAGCACAAGAAGAGAAAGAGUCUCCACACACGGAUAUCCAGUUCUGAUAGUGACGAUGAUGAUGAGGUGGGCGGAGUCAGGAGAAAAGAGACCACACCCACAAGUAAGAGUAGCAAUGAAGAAGAAGCAUCUGCAUCUACUACGCCAGUCAAGACAAAAAAAACUCGUAAACUCAUUUCAAAGGACAAGCUUGCCUUUGAGACCAAAGAGGCUCAGAAAGCCGAGAAGGAACGGCUGGACAGAUUGAAGAAGAAGAAUGAUGCCCAAGCUGUUCAAAAUGAGAGACUAAUCCUUGAGAAAGAUGCUGAGACUGAUGAAGUGUUGUUGGAGGUAAGAAGUAGCCUUGUUUCUCAUAUUUUGCCUCAUCAAGCUAAAGGGAUUAAGUUUCUGUAUAAUUGUGUUUGUGAGGACCUGAAGCGGCUAAAGUCUGAGCCUGGGUCUGGUGCAAUAUUAGCACACUGUAUGGGCCUUGGAAAGACCUUUCAGGUAAUAGCGUUCAUAGAUUGUCUCAUAUCCAAUUCUGAGUCCACCAACAUUAAGCGUGUUAUUGUACUUUGUCCUGUUAACACGUUGAACAAUUGGAACGACGAGUGGAACAAGUGGAUAUCAUUAUCAAGGAGGGACUAUAGGGUAACUGUAGUUGAUGCUAAAUUGAACAAUCAGCGUUUAAUGAUAAUAGAGAGAUGGUUCAAAUGUGGUGGGGUCGCUCUAAUGGGCUACGAGAUGUUUAGAAACCUCGCCUCCGGUUCUAAAAUUCGCAAGGCUAAACUCCGAGAGUCUUUCUCUAAGUAUCUCCUUGAUCCUGGCCCUGAUAUAAUGAUAUGCGAUGAAGGUCACGUCCUUAGAAGAGAGAGUUCUAACUUAUCAGUGAUUGUUAGCAGAGUGGCCACUAAGAGACGGAUUGUAUUAACCGGGACACCUUUACAAAACAACUUAAAAGAAUAUUAUACUAUGGUCAAUUUCGUGAAGCCCAAUCUAUUAGGAACGAUGAAAGAGUUCUGUAAUCAGUUUGCUAACCCGAUAGCCAACGGCCAGUGUGCCGACUCUAGUCCUUACCAAGUCCGAGUGAUGAAGUACAGGGCCCACGUCUUGUUUCAGACUCUCUCCGGCUGUGUUGAUAGAAAAGAUUACCGUAUACUAGCGGAGUCCUUACCUCCUAAAUACGAAUAUGUGGUAUCAAUAAGAAUGACUCCAGUGCAGAGCGAGCUCAUCACCAGAUACUUAGGAAGGACUUUCCAUACAGCAAGUGAUCUGUUCUCCACUUUUGCAAGCUUAGCUAAGGUCUGGAGUCAUCCCUGGGUACUGAUGCUUGAUCAGGAGAGAAAGAGACUCAAAGAUGGUACCGACAGUCUUGAUGGAUUCAUUAAUGAUGACAAUGAGGAGGAUUAUGAUGAUGACACUAGCUUGGAAGGUUUUAUUGUGGAAAGUGGCGACUCUGACGGAGAAUAUAAAGUAAAGAAGAAGACUCCAUCUACAUCUAGCAGCAGCAGAGAAACAAGCAAAGCUCCAUCUAAAGAUUGUCCUACUCCUCCAGUCGUCUCCAAAGAGUCGACCCCUUCCUCUUGGUUUGAAGACCUCCUGUCCGAUGAGGCAGAGGAUGACAUUGAUUCCAGUGGUAAAGUCUUGUUUCUUCUUGAGCUGCUAGAAGAAACAAAGAAGGUCCAUGAGAAAGUCCUGGUAUUUUCUCAGAGUCUCCUGUUGCUUGAUCAAAUUGAGUACCUCCUGCAAAAGAGAGAUUUCUUUGAAGGUAUCGACUAUUUUCGUCUUGAUGGCUCGACAAAGGCAAGCCACAGGACGGAGCUAAUGAAAAAAUUUAAUCGGAAGAACAACGAAACCAUACGUUUAUUCCUAAUAUCCACUAAAGCAGGUUCUCUAGGUGUUAAUCUCAUCGGUGCUAAUAGAGUUGUUGUGUUUGACGCUUGUUGGAACCCGACCCAUGACCUCCAGUCUGUUUUUAGGACCUAUCGCUUUGGACAGACCAAACCUGUAUUUGUAUAUAGACUUUUAGCACAAGGUACCAUGGAAGAGAAGAUUUAUGACAGGCAAGUCACAAAGACAUCACUCUCUCUCCGUGUCAUAGACGAGAAACAAGUUGGUCGACAUUACACAAACAACCAGCUUCAGGAACUCUUCACUUUUACUCCAGCCCCACCACCGGAAGAAGAUGGAGCUUAUGACAGACCGACGAAUGAUAUUGUCUUUUGUAAGAUUCUUGACAAACUCCAGCCUAAAGUCGUGAUAAAAUACCACGAGCACGACUCUUUGCUUGAGCAUAUUUUUGACGAAGAACUUUCUGAGGAAGAAAGGAAGGCUGCUUGGGACAAUUACAAUGCUGCAAAAGAGCUUGAAAGUCGAGCUUACAAUAUUGGCAUGCAUGUUCAAGGUGAUGGCAACUUUGUAGCACCUUUGAACAACCUUAGUGGUCAGAAUCCAGCUAUACCAAUUACUGAUCUUGCAAAGGUUGCUUUCCAAAGGGUCACCCAAGGCCUGACAAUAUCUGCUCAUAUAAUGAAUGCUAUUAACCUCAGAAACCUUCUAGCCCCUAGAGUCCAGAAUCCAAAUGACUUUGCUACGAUACAGCGCUACGUCAUGACUUGCGAUAAAAUCCAAACUCAUUUGCAGAGCUUGCAAUCUCUCAUACCCGAAAUAAGGGACAACCUCAGUAACAAUGCUCUACGGUCUCAGCUUCCUUUGGAGCAGUGUAGCUUACUAGAGAGUCAAAGGAGGACUUUCCUUGCAAAACUAAAGGACAUUGAUGAAGCAGUCCGAGUCCCUACCCCAGAUCAUAACCACCUUCGUCGUUUAUUACCAAUGUUUGCUGGUCAGCUUCAUAGCAGGCAAUAAGGUAGUGCUUUUUCUUUUGCCUGAGAAAUCACUUCAUUCAUUUCUCUAUUGAUGUGUUUUACAAGUUUUUAAGAUAAAUACUAUUCUCUCUGGUCCCUCUAUGAUUUUCCCUUUCACCUACUGCUGAUGGUUGUCAUUAUUUAUCACUAUUACAUGAUUCCAUGCUGUUACUUGUUCUCUCAUUGUAUGAUUGUAUCAUAUCUAAUAUAAACAAAAGCUCAUUUAUUAUUAUUAUCAUUAUAAUAUCAAUUGUCAAAUCAGUAUUACACUAAUUUGUAAUUUCAUACUGGUAA